GGGUAACCCUCUGACCAUCUUCGUCACGUAACGAUGCCACGAUUUCCACCCUCACGUCAUCGCGACAAGACGCUCAGUUUGAGCCGAUUAGUUUGCAUCCCGCUCCCGCGGUGUUCUAGCUGAGGGAGGGUCCAGCUGAGUAGUUUGUAUACUCAGCCAGACAGUCCCGCCACUGCGAGUGGUGCGUUCGUAAAUUGGAGUCCAGCUGGUCGUCACCGAAAAUAAGAAAAGAACCCGCCUUUUGAUGGUCUAUAUUUGCAGAGCCUAAAUACCAGAAUUGCUGGAAUCUUGGCGAAGCUGGCCGUCGCUUUCAUGGCUCAGUCUAUCCUAGCGUCGUCAACGGUCGACUUUGGUCCAGAUCUUUCUGUAAUACCACUGCAGGCGGAUCUGGUGCAACAAAGAGGAUCCCUUGCCUCCAAGUGGUCGGAACCAACGGAGAGUGUCAGUCAGGCGACGAAGGAGAAGAAUAAGGUCCCGGUGCUUUUCGACGCAAGGGAGACAUGCACACUCGUUCGACGCAGGGUGAGAUCGUCGUGAUCUAAGCACACUUAAAUCCUAAGAAUAGCAUGCGGGAGGCGUGGCGCAGCUCCUGACAAAGGCUUCCCAUCUUUUCAUCUGCUUCUGCUAAACACGCACCCCGGCAUACUAGCUUUGCCUUUGCAGUGUUCAGGUUGAGCGUGUUCUUGUCAAGCUACGGACACGCACGAGACCAGAUGAGCACAAUGCCUGACCGAACGGGCAGAUCAAAGUGGCAACGACGUGUGCUGCACACAGUCUUCGACUGAUACUGCGUUUUGCACCUGUUGGAACAAGUGCAAUGCAACUCUUGACCCCGGGAAUUGCAUGGCUGCAAUCGAUCCGGGCACUUAGCAUCCACUCCUUCGCCUAUACUUAUUAGGCGCAAAACAUUCCUUUAAUAAUUGCAGAUCGACUAACUAUAAACCGUUUCUCCUCCCCCCUCUCCUUGGCUCGCUCGUAUUGAGCAAGUGGACUCCGUCCUCCUGGCCUAUUCUUUGACCACGGCGCGCAGUCCAGGAGCUGAGCCUGGCAAUUGAGGUGUCUGUAUAGAACCGUCAGGGCCAACAAACGAUCUCUUCUUGUCUCCGCCUGGCAGGCUCCUUUUUUGGCUUUCAAUUGCCGCCUCCGCCACAGCACUACGGACCAUAUCAUGCCCCAACGUCCGAUUGCCUAGGGUCCUCUAAGUAGACGGGAACACCCGCGACCAGCUCGCAUUCGCUCUGUUCAAUUGUACGUCUGGAGUUAUCAUUUCAUCAAAUUCCACGGGUCAUAAUAUUCUUUCGCUGUCCGCACUCUCUACCAUCUGGUUUGUCAACGUCCCUUAUGCAGACAUGCGAAACAAGAACCCAUCAACACUCGGCAGCGAUUAUACUUACUGCCUUGCCUCGCGUCUCUAACAAUCAUGACCAGCUCCCGGCCGUACAAAUUGAACCGCCAGCAUCACCAACUCGGAUGUCACCCAGGAGGUUGUCAUGGAGAAGGAGACGAGAUACGUCGACAUCGUCGCAAGCGUCUGCGCCCGAGCCCUAUCACCAAGUGAUCCAGCCGCAGUUUCAACCAUUGCACCGAUCGAUGAGCGAUUUGUCGCCUGUCAGUCCGCUAGCCGAUAGAGAAACCUUUAUCAGCGACCUCGGUAGGGGGUUCACUAUAUCAGGAUUCUCGCGAAGGCAUGCAUCUCAAGACUCGACUCUUGUUAACACUCGACAAGAAUAUGUUGCCUAUAGACCAUACUACCAAAGACCAGAGCCCACCUUAUUAUCGGGACCGCCGCUGAUAACGUCGUUUGUGGAGGAUACGUCAACGUCGGUAGCUCCUCACACAACGCAGUCCACCACGCCGUGGCCGAUGCGUGUGGACAGUAUGGCGCAAUCGUACGGCCUCCAGCCCACAUACAUGGGCUUCAACCCGGUUGAAGGCAAUGGUUACCAGGAGCGGGGAUACGAUCCGAGCUCGCAGAGCCAACUCUCCGCGCAGCACACAUUUAUGACUUCGCCCACGAGCUACUCCGGAUCCAGUGAGGUCGUGGUGGAGAGGCGUGCGCACAAUCGGGCGAGGUUAUCGCGGCCGGCGGGGACGCUGCACUUGACGUAUCCACCUACCUCGUCUCCGCCCAUGCGACGGGACAGCGAAGCAAUUGACGAGUUCACGUCACCUACGGACUUCGCACUCUUCGCCGAAGCAACGUCGUCGCUCGACAUCUCGCCCGCGCCGUCACCCAACCCGGCGAUGGGUGGCGGCUGGUCGCGCACACCAGAGCCUAGCCCUGCACCCGCGCCGGUCAGCUACGCGCCCGCAGCGCCGUACUCGCGCCCGCAACCGACCGCCGUAUCAUCGACACGCUUGGCGGCGCCGCUGCCGCCGCUGCCUACGCAGACGCGAUCCCGCAGCUCUCCUGCCUCGGUCCCGGCAGUGCGACGGCAAGCCAGCCAGCAGGAGAUGAUCGCCGAGGCGCUCGCCGGCCUGGGCAUCGAGGAUCGCGUCGGCAGCGAUGACGACGAAUUACCCAACUAUGAGCAGAGCCAGGCUGAGGUCAUGGCCGCGAAGCGGAGGGAGGCAGCUGCUCGGGCGCGGGAACUGGACGAGGCCUGGAUGCGCUCGCGGCGGCGGGGAGGCUGAACACCAUCCUCCUCCUGCUCCUCUUCCUUAUCCUGAUCCUCUCCUUCCUCCUUAGGGGUUCCAUCCUUCUUCCCAAUCCGUAGUAUUUGAUCCUCUUUGCACACGAAGCGUUGCAUUUCCCCUCAAAGCCGUGAUAUCCCUUUUCCCCCUUUCGGAUUUUAUUUUUGUUUCUUUUUAUUUCGCCGUCUGUUCGAGUUUUCCAGCCAGCACUGUAGCGUUCCGCGUCUUUCAUUGUCAUACGCCGGGCAAAAUUAGGGUGUGAAGUUCA